UAGACACAGAACCAACUUCCAACAAAUUAUUCUGCGUGCCUCACUGAGAUGAUGUAGUUCUCAGCUGACCGGAUAUGCACAAGCCAGCUGGAUCUCCAUCCCAGCUUCUGUAUAAAUAGAUGCUUCAGCUAGUCGCUGAACACCAACCAUAGCCUUUCCACUACUUGAAUCCGCAUUCCAGACUAAGACCACCAAUGGCUUUCAUUUAUCUCCUCUGCCUAAUUGCUCUGAUUUCAUGUGCCAAGGUCUCUCCUGCCAAUGGCCAGUCAUCUCCGGCUCAAUCAAAGAGCAGUGACUUGAAAACCUACAUUGUCCACCUGACUAUCCCCGAUGGCCAUCACCUUUCUGAAUUGAAGGAUCUUGAAUCCUGGUAUUACUCGUUUUUGCCUGCGAGUUCUACAGCCUCGGAGAACCAGAGCCGUGUGCUUUACUCCUAUCGAAACGUGAUGACCGGCUUUGCGGCAAGGCUGACUCCUGAUGAAGUCGCCGCGAUGCAGGAUAAGCCUGGAUUUGUGGCGGCUCACCCGGAGCAAAUAUAUAGGCUACAGACAACUCACAGCCCGCAGUUCUUGGGCUUACCUCUACCUCAGGGAUCUUCCAAUGGUUCGACUAUGGGCAAGGGAAUUAUCAUCGGCGUUAUGGAUACGGGUGUGACGCCAGAUCACCCCUCAUUCAGCGGAGAUGGAAUGCCGCCUCCGCCGGCCAAAUGGAAAGGGAGGUGCGACUUCGAGUCUUCCCGAUGUAAUAACAAAUUGAUAGGUGCAAGGACCUUCGACGCCUCGGCUAAGAAAAGUGUGUCCAUGCCACCAAUCGACGAUGUCGGACAUGGCACUCACACAGCCAGCACUGCAGCUGGUGCUUCUGUGCAGCGAGCCAAUACGCUCGGGAUGGCCGAUGGCACGGCAGGUGGCAUGGCUCCACAUGCUCACCUGGCGAUGUAUAAAGUGUGCUUUGGAAUAUAUUGUUCUCUGGGUGACAUACUUGCUGGACUUGAUGCUGCCCUGGCUGACGACGUUGACAUAAUCUCGAUGUCCCUCGGCGGUUCCUCCUCUCCGUUUUAUACAGACGGCAUCGCGGUAGCAGCUUUUGCAGCCAUUCAAAGAGGGAUCUUCGUGAGCUGCUCUGCUGGGAAUUCCGGCCCUAACCCAGGCUCGCUAUCGAACGUGGCUCCGUGGAUUCUCACCGUGGGGGCGAGCACCAUCGAUAGGAACAUUGUCUCCAUUGUAAAACUCGGGAAUGGAGCGGAAUAUGAAGGUGAGACACUAUACCAACCCUCUUUCACUUCGACUUUACUGCCUCUUGUGUAUCCUGGAAUCGAUGGUACGGAAGAGUCCAUAUACUGUGUCCCUGGAUACUUAAAAAGCAGUCAAGUGAAGGGGAAGGUUGUCUUGUGCGAACGAGGGAUGGUAAGCCGGUUUUCCAAAGCGGAAGAGGUGCAAAGAGCCGGUGGGGCUGCUAUGAUUAUGAUGAACCAAGAAAUGGAUGGUUUCAGUACCUUGGCCGAUGCUUAUGACCUCCCUGCGUCUCAUGUCAGCUACUUCGCUGGUAAGAAGAUCAAAGCCUACAUCAAUGUCACUAAAACUCCUACUGCUGCCAUCCUGUUCAAAGGAACCGUGCUUGGAAACCCAACUGCUCCCGCGCUUACUUCUUUCUCUUCGAGAGGCCCAAGCUUAGUUAGCCCAGGAAUUCUGAAGCCAGACAUUAUUGGUCCUGGUGUGAACAUAUUAGCAGCUUGGCCAUUUCCCAUCAGAAAUGACACAAAAGCGAAGUAUUACUUUGACAUAAUUUCUGGCACUUCCAUGUCUUGCCCUCACCUCAGUGGCAUCGUGGCUUUGAUAAAGGGCGUUCAUCCGGAUUGGUCUCCAGCAGCGAUCAAAUCAGCUAUCAUGACUUCAGCAAAGCAGCUGAACAUCAAGCAAAACCCAAUCCUGGACGAACAGCUUCAACCUGCAGAUGUCUUUGCCAUUGGAGCAGGCCAUGUCGAUGCCGUAAAGGCCAUUGACCCCGGAUUCGUUUACGACAUUCAGCCCGACGACUACAUUCCUUACCUCUGCGGUCUGGGAUACACUGACAAGCAGGUGGGUACAAUUGCUCACAAAACAGUCAAAUGCUCGGGAGUAUCCAGCAUUCCUGAGGGAGAGCUGAACUACCCCUCAUUUUCGGUCACCCUCGGACCUCCGCAGACAUUUACUAGGACCGUGACUAAUGUUGGAACAGACUAUUCGACUUUUGCUGUCACGGUCGUUCCCCCACCGGGCGUGCAUGUCACCGUGAAGCCUGACAAACUCAACUUCUCAAAAUUGGAACAGAAGGCAACAUAUUCAAUCACACUCAGCCGUGCCAAUUCCACUCACAAGGCCACCAAGUUCACCGAAGGAUAUUUGAGGUGGGAUUCCAAGAAGUACUCUGUUAGGAGUCCAAUUUCGGUUAAGUUCAAUUAAGAAGCAGUUGCGAGCAGAAAUAAAGCGAUGAUAUUAGCUCGUUGGCCUGUACUUUCAUCUUACCACGAUUUCAUGAUGAACAAAAAAGCAUAGAUAUUGUUGUUAUGUAAUUUCC